AUGAGCACGAGUCGGCGCACCGUGUUUAGCACGACGCGGAGCCUGUAUCAUCAGGCUACUCUGCAGAGCGACACUACGCCAACUCACCUUUGGCUUCGAGAAGCCACGUUUUUUCUCAACCAUCCAAGCGCUCUCACAUGGCCCCAACGUGCCUGCGACAGGGCGGCGGAGUUUCAUUGUUGGCGUUCGAAUGCUCUUGGUCGGCGCCUCAGUAUGUGUGCCGCUCGCGCCAAGGCGCGUCAGGCUGCAAUGCUGGCUUGCAGGUGGUCCGCCUGCGGCCAGCCAAGUGAAUUUGAUGCAUUUCUUCACUUCCAAGAGCUGGUCUCUCCACCUUGCGCGCACAUCCUUGGGCAAUCGACCAGAUAA